CUCCCCUUCGCUACUGCCACUACCUGUUGCAUCACCAUUUGCUAGGCUUAAGUGAAAAAACAGAGCGCGUGAGCGUUAUUAAAAAGUCGUUGGACCGCCACCGGCGUCCUUCGUCUUUGGUUUUCAGCCAUGCAGCUUGGCAAGUUUCACCAUGUUCAGGCCGGUGGCGUCGCGCAGCGUCCUCGCCGGGGCGCGCUACCGCGUUCUGUUGUGACCGCUGCUGCUCCGGGAGAGAAGCUAUCGGCUCUGGAGCUACUGCGUCGCGAGAACGAGCUCCUGCGCCAAACCCUGGAUGUCGCCAAUGUGCCGGUCGACAGCGUGGUCGAGCCGCGCGCGUCGUCUACUGCAACGGCACCUCGCCCCACUGCGCCGAAAUCCGCUGGCAGCUCGCUGACCAAUGCUUCGGGCGCAGAGUUGGCGCUGCUGGGCGAGGCCGGUGCCGUUGCCGGCCCCGAGGAUUUCUGGAGCCCCACCGUUGAGGUUCCGGAGAAUAUGGAGUACGUGGACGAGUACGGACCUAUCUCGCCGAUUCCUAACCACGACGGCACAAUGUGCUUCAAGUGGGACAACACCCUUUGGUCCGCUGCCGAGCACUUCAAGUACCGCUGGAACGUGUUCAAGAACAUUCGCGCCGCCAUCGACCAGAACGAGGGCGGCUUCGAGAAGUUCUCGCAGGGCUACAAGUACUACGGCUUCAACCGCGGCGAGUGCAACGGCCAGACCGGUAUCUGGUACCGCGAGUGGGCACCCGGCGCCAAGGCAUUGGCUCUGGUGGGCGACUUCAACAACUGGGCCCCCGCCGAGGGCCACUGGGCCUUCAAGAACCAGUACGGCACUUGGGAGCUGUUCCUGCCUGACAAGCCCGACGGCACCUCAGCCAUCCCCCACCGGACCAAGGUGAAGGCCCGCAUUGAGGGCGCGGACGGCUCUUGGCAGGACAAGAUCCCGGCCUGGAUCAAGUGGUCCACCCAGGAGUGGAACGAGGUGCUGUUCAACGGCGUGUACUGGGACCCCCCGGAGAAGGGCGCCCCCGGCGAGGUGGACCCCGACAAGCAGUACACCUUCAAGUACCCCCGCCCGCCCAAGCCUCGGGCUCUGCGCAUCUACGAGUGCCACGUGGGCAUGAGCAGCGAGGAGCCCAAGGUGAACAGCUACCUAGAGUUCCGCCGCGACGUGCUGCCGCGCAUCCGCGCCCUGGGCUACAACGCCAUCCAGAUCAUGGCCAUCCAGGAGCACGCCUACUACGGCUCCUUCGGAUACCACGUCACCAACUUCUUCGGGGUGAGCAGCCGCUGCGGCACGCCUGAGGAGCUGAAGGCGCUGGUAGACGAGGCGCAUCGCAUGGGCAUCAUCGUGCUGAUGGACAUUGUGCACAGCCACGCCUCCAAGAACACCAACGACGGCAUCAACAUGUUUGAUGGCACCGAUGGCAUGUACUUCCACGGCGGCCCGCGCGGCAACCACUGGAUGUGGGACAGCCGCUGCUUCAACUACGGCAACUGGGAGACUAUGCGCUUCCUGCUGUCCAACGCGCGCUGGUGGAUGGACGAGUACAAGUUCGACGGCUACCGCUUCGACGGCGUGACCUCGAUGAUGUACCACCACCACGGCCUCAGCUACACCUUCACCGGCAACUACGGCGAGUACUUCGGCAUGAACACGGACGUGGACGCGGUGGUGUACCUCAUGCUGGUCAACAACCUGCUGCACGACCUGUUCCCCAACUGCGUCACCAUCGGCGAGGAUGUGUCGGGCAUGCCCGCAUUCUGCCGCCCCUGGCAGGAGGGCGGUGUGGGCUUCGACUACCGCCUGCAGAUGGCCAUUGCGGACAAGUGGAUUGAGGUGAUGAAGCUGCACGACGACUACGCCUGGAACAUGGGCAACCUGGUGCACACACUCACCAACCGCCGGUACGCUGAGGCGUGCGUGGGCUACGCCGAGUCUCACGACCAGGCGCUGGUGGGCGACAAGACCAUUGCCUUCUGGCUCAUGGACAAGGACAUGUACGACUUCAUGGCGGUGCCCGGCCACGGCGCUCAGUCUCUGGUUGUGGACCGCGGCGUGGCGCUGCACAAGAUGAUCCGCCUGCUCACCAUUGCGCUGGGCGGCGAGUCCUACCUCAACUUCAUGGGCAACGAGUUCGGCCACCCCGAGUGGAUUGACUUCCCUCGUGUGGACAGCUACGACCCCUCCACCGGCAAGUUCGUGCCCGGCAACGGCGGCAGCCUGCACCUGUGCCGGCGGCGCUGGGACCUGGCCGACGCCGACUUCCUUAAGUACAAGUUCCUCAACGCCUUCGACCGCGCCAUGUGCCACCUGGACAAGGCGUUCGGCUACAUGUCGGCCCCCAACACCUACAUCAGCCGCAAGGACGAGGGCGACAAGAUGAUUGUGUUUGAGCGCGGCGACCUGGUGUUUGUGUUCAACUUCCACCCCGGCCAGUCGUACCAGGACUACCGCGUGGGCUGCCGCGAGGCCGGCCCCUACAAGCUGGUGUUGAGCAGCGACGAGGAGGUCUUCGGCGGCUACCGCAACAACACCAAGGAGAACGACGUCACCUUCCAGACGCAGUCGGGCAACUUCGACAACCGCCCGCACUCGUUCCAGGUGUACGCGCCCGCCCGCACCUGCGCCGUGUACGCGCCGGCCGAGUGGGCCGACAAGGACGCCGACCGGAAGCCGCACGGCAUCCCCGGCUUGGGCAUCAAGGACCUGGGCCCCUACUUCUCCCGCUAAGCGCUGGCCAGCUGGAAGCGCCGUGCAGGGUCGGCUUACCAAUGACGUGCGGGGUGCGGCCUAAAGCGCCGUGCAGGGUGGCGCGCUGUGAGCAGCCAGCCGGCAGGGGCAACAGCGGAGGCGGCUUGAGUGGGGUUGGUGGAGCAGGCGCGGCUGUGAGCUUGCGGCCAGGUGUAUAGGCGCGCGGUCAAAGAGGGGUUGUGCGUGGGUUGGUAUGAUGGUAUCCCUGCGCUUUGGGUCGCGAACGCGAGAGUGCUGGAGGCAUAAAGAAGGCAGGCGUGCCGCGGUUGUUGUUGUGGAGGCCACAAUGCGUUGACGUGACUGGGUAUGGGCGGUUAAGGAGCGAGGGCGAGGGUCGCAGCGUCUAAGAGCUGGAGGCCGGAUUGCAAGCCCCGUGCCCUUGUCCGCGAAGGCCCCCGCCCUUUGCUCCCAGCAUAGCGCUUGCAGGCAGAAGUUUGCGCCUGGUUAGUGGUUGUGUAGCUUGAUGACACGUACGUCGGACAUUUUCCCGAAGUUCGGUGGCGGUAAGGUUUGGACGUCCCCAUUGCGGUGAAGGGGCUUGCGUAGUUUUACCCCUCUGUUUUGAUAGUGUGUCCGUAGUGCAUCACAGUGUUCGGCCGUUUCUGUGCCGACUCUUUGAGGAGUGAGUUGCGGUUUUGGAGUGUGUCUUGUGUGUACAGUGCGCGAGGCGGGGUCUUGUUGACACACUGCCGGCGGCGGAGUGUGUUGUUGGAGGGCCUGUCGUCGAGAGCGAAAGGGAAGCACAAAUUCUUUGCUGCACAACGUUUUGGUAUGGUAUACACCUUGUCAAUGAGAGAGAAGACCACGCGCAAAGGACGGAGCUCGAUGUAAUACUAGCUUUCUCCC